AGAUCAGCUGCCCAACACCACAUGGCCCCCCGCGUUUUCCUCAUCACCGGUACUUCGACUGGCUUCGGAGAAGAGCUAGUCAAGAUUGUCCUCAAGAAUGGCGACUAUGCUGUUGCUACCGCCCGCAACAGCUUAAAGCUGAAGUUCGAUGGCGCGAACGACUCCAACAGUCUUAUGGUCGACCUUGAUGUCACCGACAAGAGCUCGAUUGACAAGGCCUUCGAAGCUGCGGUGGAGAAAUUUAAGCGCGUCGACGUCGUUGUGAACAAUGCUGGCUACGGAUUGAGCGGGGUAUUUGAGACGCUUUCUGACGCCCAGAUAAGGAAGCAGAUGGACAUCAACUUCUUCGGAUUGAUGGACGUCACAAGAAAGGCUUUGGAGACCAUGCGAGAGCUCAAGACUGGUGGUGUCAUCCAGCAGGUUACCUCAAUUGGAGGUCAGCUUGGUGUACCUACCUUCUCCGUCUACUGCGCGUCAAAGUGGGCAGUAGAAGGCUUCACAGAAUCUCUGUCGAGAGAGCUGAAGCCAGAGUGGGGUAUCAAGCUCACAUGCAUCGAGCCCGGAGGCUUCCGAACCGACUGGUCGGGUCGCAGCAUGGAGUUCGGCGAAGUCAAGAACGACGCAUACGACCACAUCGACCCCAAGAAGAACGCACAGGGCAGGCACAACAACCAGCCUGGUGACCCAGUAAAGGCAGCCAAGGUCUUCUACGACUUGGCCGUCAUGAAGGACCCUCCUCUUCGCUGCGCGGUCGGCACCGAUGCGUUUAAGGCUAUGACGGCUAAGAUGGGGCAAACGAAGGAGAAUGUGGAGAAGUUCAAGGACUGGACAAACAGCACCGAUGUCGACGAUCAAUAGGACUCCUGCUGAGCCCAAUAAAAGACCACAAUCCAUAGAGACAAGUCUGUAAAAGUCGCGCCGGCUUGCGGGCGACUUCAGCACUCCAGCAACGACAAUAAACGGAUCAAAC